GCAUGAUGUCGUCACGUUGUGACGUCAUCGCUCCGAGAGCGAAUAAUAGAAAGGCGUUUAAUUCGCCAAAAUUCACCCAUUUAGAGUUCGGAAAUCGGUUAAAAAAAUAUAUGGUCUUUUUUCUGCAACAUCAAGGUAUAUAUUGACGCUUACAUAGGUCUGGUGAUAAUGUUCCCCUUUUAGCGGUAGUGAAGGCGUUGGGUGAAGGUGGGGAGUGUGUUUGUGUAUAUGCCCAUAGUCUUUGGGUGAAGUGGAGUUGUGUUCAUAGGCCCAGGGUCGUGCAAUGCAAGCAAAGUUCGACUUCCAGGUGUCGUUGAGGAGGCAGGGAGGUCAAAAGCGUCCGUCUUUGGAAUUCCUCAGGGGAUGAUUACAGAACAGCCUGUUCUUGUCCUCAAGGCCAUUCCAGGGAGUCAAAUCGUAGAUAAGGAUUUUUUGUUUUUUCUCGAGCAGACAAUACAAUGGCUUGCCUGUUCUAUCCGUCCAUGCUGGCUGCUCUCAUAUCCAAUCUUUCCUUUACAGCAAGAUUCUCCAUUAUGUGAUCCAUCUUGCGAUUCAGUUCAGAAAUCGCCCCAGUCUGUGAUCCCACAGCCCGGCCCAAUCCUUCCAUUGGGGCGAACAGCCUUUGGGCUCCCUGAGUGGCUGCCAUCGUCUUACGAAUUUGACGAUACACCAGAGCAAUGCCCAGCCCAAUCAGCAGGUGCCCCGCGAUCAUGGUUCCAAAUAGGUAGAUGUCUUCCAUGUCAUCGAUGGAAAGGACUGAGAGGCACAUGAUUCUCCAUUCGUCCCAGGAAUCUCUCACGUACCCCGCAGCAAUGGUUCCAUCAGGGCAGCCAGGCUCCCCAGAACCUCUUUUCUUCGUCGAAAAGAUUGUGUCAAUUGAGUCGAGAGUCCAGCUAACCAAUUCCAUGUCGGAUGUUUAGAUUUGGAGGACAGCGCAAAGAAAGAGGCUUCAAAAAAGUUUAGACAAGACAAAAGAGAGCAAGCAAGGAAAAGACGGGAGGAGGAAAAAAAUGCGACCGCCCUCACCAGAGGCAAGACAGAAAAGCAACAAAUGAUGUGACUAUGUAAAAUGUGCCGGACAAAGACGACCGGGACCUUGGAACACUUCCGGACUUUCCUGCACACCCUUUUGUCCCCGAUGAGCGCAUGGGAACGUACCGUCAUAUUUCUGCUGUGCUCCGGUUUACUGCUGGACCAAAGUCUCCCAAGUCCUCUUCGGUCUCAGCGCCGCUUCAGGACAGGAAGUGGGGGGACACGUUUCCAGGGCUGGACCAGGCUCGGACACGGAGCGCCGCGUAUGAAACGAGGAUGGGUGUGGAACCAGUUCUUCGUUCUGGAAGAAUACACGGGUGUUCUCCCGCAGUACGUUGGAAAGCUCCACACAGACUCGGACUACGGUGACGGUGCAGUUAAGUACACGCUUUCCGGAGAAGGAGUCGGCUCUAUCUUCACCAUCGAUGAAAUGACCGGAGACAUCCAUGCUGUGACGAGGCUUGACAGGGAGGAAAAGUCCCACUACAUGCUCCGAGCCCGAGCUGUGGAUGUCAGCACUGGUCUUCCCCUGGAACCCGAGUCGGAGUUCAUCAUCAAAGUGCAGGACAUCAACGACAACGAGCCUCGGUUUUCAGACGGACCGCACGGCGCCAUGGUCCCUGAGAUGUCCCCAACAGGAACGUUUGUAGCACAGGUCACGGCCACAGACGCGGACGACCCCACGUAUGGUAACAGCGCGCGGAUCGUGUACAGCAUCCUUUAUGGCCAACAGUACUUUUCUGUGGACACCAAGUCAGGGGUCAUCAGGACAGCUUCCGCCAACAUGGAUCGCGAAGAGAAGGAGCAGUACCAGAUUAUAAUGCAGGCCCAGGACAUGGGCGGCCACCUGGGGGGACUUGCCUCCACGGUCACCAUCAACAUCAGCCUCGGUGACGUCAACGACAAUCCACCGCGUUUUGUCAGGAGGGUUUUUCAUCUGCGGGUGCCGGAGACGGCAUUAGUGGAUUCGACGGUGGGUCGGAUUCUGGCCCGGGAUCUCGACAUGGACAGAAAUGCCGAGGUGGACUAUUGCAUCAUACGGGGGGAUGAGGGCGCCAUGUUUGACAUCCUGUCUGCCGGCCAAAGUCAAGAAGGAGUUGUUGUCUUGAAAAAGCCGCUGGACUAUGAAACCAAGACCUCGUACACUUUCAAGGUCGAGGCGUUCAAUGCACAGACAGAUCCCCGUUUCCUGCACCUUGGUCCUUUUUUGGAUUGGGCAACCGUCAAGGUCCAGGUCACGGACAUGGACGAGCCUCCGGUCUUCAGCACAGCCUCCUACUGCGUGGACGCGUAUGAAGACACGCCUCCAGGGACUGUCGUGGCUUCUGUGACGGCACAUGACCUUGACGCCAGCAGCAGCGCAAUCAGGUACUCGCUGGAAUGGCGAAAGGAGUACGACAGCUGUUUUGACGUUGACGCGGUGGAUGGUUCUAUUUCCACCAAUGAAUACUUGGACAGAGAGGACACGUUUCAGCACAACAUUACUGUGCUGGCGUUCAAAAUCAUAAACCCUUUGCUGUCCGCCAAAGUCUUGGUGACGGUCAACGUUCUGGAUGUGAACGAGUUUCCUCCUCAGCUGGCCUUUCCACCGGACACCUUUGUUUGCGAAACGUCUCCCGUUGGACAGGUGAUUCAGACGGUCAGCGCUGUGGACUUGGAUCUUCCGACUGUCAGCCAGAGGUUUUUCUUCAAGAUUCCUAAAGGCAUUCGCCACAGAAACUUCACUAUUCGCGAUUAUGGAAACAACACGGCCGGCAUCGUGACACGUCGCUCCGGUUUCCGGCGGGAAGCGCAGGACACGUAUGCCCUCCCGGUUGUGGUUGAAGACAGCGGCUAUCCUGUCCGCAGCAGCACGGCGACCGUCGCCGUCCGAGUGUGCGCGUGCUCCUCGGAGGGCUCGCCGCUCGCCUGCUCCGCCCGAGCCGUCGUCCUGCCCGCGGCGCUCGGCGCGGGAGUUGCCAUGGCAACCGUGCUGUGCGUCACUCUGCUGAUAGUCCUCUCCGGCUUCUACGUCGCUCGAAGUCGCCGCCGACUCCCAGACCCUCCCCCGUCCAAAGAAGACGUGCGAGACAACGUCUUCCACUACGACCACGAAGGCGGCGGCGAGGAGGACACGCGCGCCUUCGACAUGGGCGCGCUGCGACACACGCGCUCGGUGGGCGCUCGCACCUUCGCCGGCGGGAAGGAGGCCGGUCGCUACGGCGACGGCGUCCUGUUGCAUCUGAGCGAUCGCCACGACGACGUCAGAUCACCCGACGUUCACCGGCAAACCGCGGAAACGCUCGGGGAUUUCACGGACCGGAGACUCAGGGAGAGUCGGGACAGGUAUGAGGUUUCUCCUUUUGACUCGCCAGCCUCACCGUCUGAAGUCGGCGCUUCUGUGGCUGCCUCGCUACAUUCCUUGGAGGACUUGUGGGGAUUUGAUGACUUGGGGGGUUUCAGUUCCCUCGGGGACUUGGUCCAGCCUUUCAAGUCUCUGGCGAGCGUCUUUGGGAGACCGACUGUGUCCGACCAGAGCUGAGAUGAUCGUGGUGUGUCCUGGUCCCACAUUGAUAUCAGGGAUCCCAUAACGAUUCCUGGGGUGAUGA